AUGGGUGCCAGUACUAUCACUCUAGGCAACACCAAUUCUUCAGUGUCUCAAUCCCAUUACCAUACUCACAAGGUUUUCUUGUUUUGCAACUACAUUCUGCUAGGUGCAGCCUCUAGUUGCAUCUUCUUAACCCUUUCGCUUCGCUUAGUCCCUUCAAUAUGCGGCUUCUUUCUCAUUCUCCUUCAUGUCUUGACCAUCGUCGGGGCAGUUUCAGGCUGUGCUGCAGCCUCGUCAGGGACUAACAGGUGGUAUGCUGCACAUAUGGUGGCCACAGUGUUGACAGCCAUAUUUCAAGGGUCAGUUUCAGUUUUGAUUUUUACUAGAACCGGGGAUUUCCUAGGGAACUUGAAGUCUUAUGUGAGGGAAGAGGAUGGUGAGGUGAUACUGAAGCUUGCCGGGGGGUUGUGUGUGGUGAUCUUUUGCUUGGAGUGGGUGGUGCUAACUCUUGCAUUUUUCUUGAAGUACUAUGCUUACGUGGAAGGUGAUGCUAAUAAUGGCGGCAAUAUCGCUAUAAGGAGGAGUGCUAAGGUGCAGCAUGAUGAGGACUUGAAGGAUUGGCCAUGGCCUUUCCAAGUCUAA